AUCGGAGAUCUGUUCGUUCCGCGUUCGUUCUGCGGUGCCUACGUCACAGAAGUGAGAGGAGGCGCAGCUCUCCCGCCUAGAACCGCCGAGAGGAAGAGAACAGCCAAUCGUGAAGCGGACAGCUUUCCGGAAGUAGACGCGCAUCCUGUGACGUCGGCACAGGGACCGUGAAGCGUUUCUCGCCUUUUAAUAAAUAUAAUUACUUUACAGAAAAUUAUUGUUUUUGCUUCUCAAGCUCAAACACUCUUUCAAACAGCAACAGCUUUGAGUGAUGAUAUUUAAUAAUGUUAGUUUUUUUUUGACGUCGUCGCUAGAUGGUGUCGCGCACGCGAAAAAAAAAAGAGAAAAGUAGCGGCUGACGCAGUUUCAAAAUGUCGUCCCAUCGCAACGUCUGCGUUGGUUCUCGGGUGUCGGAUCGUCAAAAGGAGCUUCUGCUGGCUUUUGUGAAAGAGCACCCACAGAUCGCGAGUCUGCCGUGCCCGCUGGAGCCGUCGUUCACGAGGGAGGACCGGGACGACAUGUGGCAGGAGCUAGUAGCGCUUUUGAACGAAGAAGUCCCUGCGCGUAACACCAGGGCCCAGUGGCAAGCCCGAUGGAGGAAUGAGCGCUACUAUUCGCAGCAGGGUCUUGCCAAACUCCGAGGGCAGCAGAGCAGCACCCGAGGCGGCCAGAUUUCGGAUUACCGCGGCCGCGUCGUGCUUGACAGGGACGAGUGUGCGAGGCCCAUAGUUCGAGUGGUCUGAAUCGGUAAGCACUGGCUUAGAAUAUCAUUACUUGUAUGCUGCGAACAAGUGGGCUCGUUUGCUUCGAGCCAUUACGCGCUGUUAGUUUUACUUUUUCAAACAAUAU